AGUUUGAGAAAUUUUGAAACUAGUUGACGUUUUCUGAGCAUAUCCAAACGUGGUCGGUGGUUCCGUAAAUUUCCUAGUAUAAGGAUACAAAUCCACCUUGUUAAGGGUUAGCCUCGCCUUCCCUCCGCUUCGAGCCGCCUUUCAUUCGCUCUCAAAAUGGCGUCUUCUUCCUCCUCAGCGCCGGGCGGCAGCGGCAGCGGCGAUGGCGAUGGAGUUCUGUCCCGCAUAUCGAGAUCGGUGUCGCAGUCUGCGAUCGUCGCGCGAGGCAGAGACGCCGCCGCUGAGGCCUCCACCGUAGCCAAGAAGCUCCUCCGCAGCACUGGAAAGGCCGCGUGGAUAGCAGGAACGACAUUCCUCGUGCUCGUCGUCCCCCUCAUCAUCGAGAUGGACCGAGAGCAGCAGAUCAACGAUCUGGAGAUGCAGCAGUCCGCCCUCCUCGGCGCCCCCCCGGCGACUCUGCCUUCCUAAAAGGGCACGCCUGAGACAGAAGCGAUCCAACCCCACGCUUCGAUUGGCUUUAAGUGACUCCUUCUGACGAACGUAGAUUUAGGGUAAAAGAUAGAUGAACUUUGAUGCUAUCCUCCGAUUGCCUAAACAAUUGAUCUUGAUUGGUGAUCUGUUAAUAAUUAGCAUUUGGGCGUCCUGUAUUGUGCGGCAGUGAGUAUAUUGUUAGCUGAAUUCUUUGCUCAUCAAGAAUAGAAGUGUUAUUCUUAACAGAUA